AUGGCCACAGGUAGUGAUCAAUCACGUAAGAUGUUCCUUAACUUUUACUUGAAUUUUGCCACUGGACCACAAUUCAAUUGGCCCAAGCUGACACAAGUGGUACUCAAUCCCUUCAAUCCCUUAGGUUUGGACCUUUACAUGAAGGCACAGGAGCUGGAUAGUCACCCGGCAUUGAAACCUAAAGAGCAGGCGCACGUGAAAUCCCUCUUGGCACUUAUCAAGGCAGAUAUUGAGAACUCUGAUGACGAGGGUGACGAUGAACGUAGAGCGGAAUCCGAUGCAACCCAGCUGGCGAACGACCUCCCUCCCUCGAGUGCUUCUCAUGAGAGCACACUCAGGGUUACUAGUAUGCCUGCUGUGCAGAGCCUGCAUGGUGAUGCUCCUAUCUCUCAUCCACAAUUGGAUUUGUCCUUACCAGCCCGUCCGAACUUUGACACCCCAACUCCCAUACACGAAGACCGUCAGUACGGCCUGUUUCGGUCAAUGGCUGUGCCCAAGGUCCUCGCUCGCACACCUUGUCCAUCCUUUGGCGAAUUCUCUAGGGUUGAUAAGACUCCUGUUGUUGACAACGGGUUCCCCAAUGUACUCAAUCCGGCCUAUGCCAACAUCCCGGACAAUUCCCCUGGACGUAAAAACAGCAGAGGAGAGACAUCUUAUUUGACGGAAGAAGGAGAUCGGUUUCUUGAUUCUGUUAUGGCCAGUGUCAACCAAAAUCAAAAUCUCUCUCCUGCGCGUUUGGGGGGCGGUGGGCCCCAUCUCUAUCCUUGCAAGCCAUUUGGAACUGGGGACGUGGGUGGAGCCUUCAGGGACCUCGAGUGA